UUCAGGUUAUCUCGUUUCUCCCUCCAAUAUCCAACCUCUCUUUAUCUUUCAUUUGUAUUUAUAUCUCCUUCUGUUUAUAUCUAUAAUACCUCUCAUUUUCUUCUCACAAUGAAUAUGUAUCAAUAUCAAAAUCAAACCCCAACUCAUUCCCUCACAAAAUCUUACUAUUCGAAUCAAAACCAAAUCCAUAACCACCAAAACCAGAUCCAAAUCUCAAACCACAAUCACAAUCAUAAUCAUAAUCAUCUCACUAAUACCCCAAACACUAAUAUCAACGCUAUUAGCAACAACAGUAUCUCCUACAACAACCAAAUCAUUAAUUGUAAUAGUCAAAGUAACCAACAGAAUCAGCAGAGUUUCAAUCACCACAAUAACUUUCCUGCCCAGCACCAGAGUACCCAUAAUAGCACACAUAAUACUCAUAUUGCUCAAGAAUAUAACCGCCAACUGUCUGUUUUCAGUCAUUCUCAAAAUUCAGUCCACAACCACAAUCUUUUUAAUAAUGAAGCCUCAAAUUAUAACUCGAAUAGCCAAAUAUGCUCGUUAUCAACUUCUCCCAAUGACUACACUCUAGGAAAAUACGACUAUAAUAAUAGCGCUAUUCCUAAUAACGCCAAUCAGGUUCCUAAUCUUAAUAACACCAUUAAUAAUCUUCACAGCAUGAUAAACAAUACCACCAAUGCUUUAAAUACGUUUGCUUCUCUUGAUUCUGUAAACUCUCUUCAUUCGGUUAACUCUGUAAGCUCUGUAAGUUCAGCAAGCUCAGUAAAUUCAACCAAAACUUUAAAUACUCCUAUUCUUAGUCAAAACAGCUCUUUUAAUAAUAACAAUAAUAGUAUUAGUGCUAAUAACAGUAUUAAUAUUAACACCAAUAUCAAUAACUAUAGCGGUAGAAGUUCCCCAAUAAUAUAUAGUCCAAGUGACAAUAUUAAUUAUCAAAAUGAUAAACAAAAUCAGUACCAAACUUUAAUUCCAAAACAUCAAAAUAAUGCUGCUCAGGCCAACAGCCUUGUUAAUAACUAUCCAAACACUUUUCCAAACACUUCACCAAUCCAAAACCAAAGUAUUAACUCUAACGAUAUGGUAUCAAGUGCAGUUGGUAAUCCAAACAUGAUUGUAAACACAGUCACAAAUCCAAUCACAAGUGCAAUUCCAAAUGCAGCCACAAAUGCAAAGAAAAACUUUAUCAACCAACAACCAAAAAAGUACAACACAAUGAAAAAAAUGAAAGCUUUUAAACCAGGUAAAACCGUCAGAAAGAGAAAAAACCAAAAAAAUAAUUCUGGAACCAAAUCUCUAGAUAAAAGCAAUACACCAAGUAUCAAAAUGAGAAAAAAUAAAAUCACCAAGAACUCAAGCAAGGCCAAUAAAAACACAAUCGUCAAUAACGUUACAAAUUUUACUAAUUUGGCGACUGUUAAUCCUAUGAAUAAUAUCAACAAUAAUAUUAAUGUUAAUAUUAACAACAAUUUUGCAAAUGAAAGUGUCAAACAGUUUUAUAAAAACCUUCAUGCUGAUGAGCAAGCAUUUGAAAAUGAAUUACAAUCUGUUUUUAAUAGAAUUUCAAAUCUUAUGAAUGAAUUUCCGUUAUAAAUGAAUUUUUUUUAUCCAUCAUUUUUUUUACUAAAUUUAUUUACUUUUUACUACCUUUUUUUUACUUUACUUUUUUGAUUCCUUUAGCG